AUGUCCGCUGCUACUGUCGUAAACCAUCCUCGAUCUCAACUUUUUACUUGUUUGGCUUGUCAAGUUGUGUUCACUACUGCUGAGUCUCAAAGAGUUCAUUAUGGAACUGACUGGCAUCGUUACAACUUGAAAAGAAAAGUUGCGGAAUUACCACCUGUUACCUCUGAAGUAUUUAAUCAGAAGGUUUUAGCUCAACAAGCGCAAAGUAACGAUGCCGAGAGAAAGGCUAGUUUCUCUGCAGAAUGCACUGCUUGCAAUAAAAUUUAUUAUUCUGAGAAUGCUUAUGCAAAUCAUUUACAAUCUAAUAAACAUAAAGCUGCUGAUGCAAAAGCAUCCUUUGAAGGAACAACUCACACGAAAAAAAAUGUAAUUAGUACCAGGAUAACUCCACAAAUACCGAAUGAGAAUGAACUUAUUGACAAAAAAAUUGAAGUAGCAAUAGCACUAGAUGAGUCUGAUUGCCUAUUUUGUACACAAAAAUUUGAAUCUUUUGAUGAAAAUAUGCGACAUAUGACAAAAAUUCAUAGUUUUUUCAUACCGGAAAUAGAGUAUUUGAUUGAUUCUCAUGGAUUAAUUAAAUAUUUGGGUGAAAAAAUUUCUAUUGGAAAUGUUUGUUUAUAUUGUUCAAAGGGAACGAAAAGCCUUGAAUCUGUUAGAAGGCAUAUGGUAGAUAAAGGUCACUGUAAAAUAGCUUAUGAAACUGAAGAAGAUAUUAUGGAAUUUGACGAAUUUUAUGAUUUUACUUCCAGUUAUCCUGAUGCAGAUAACGAUGAUAAUUGGGUGUUUGUUAGUGAUGAUGAAGCCGAAAAUGAUGAUGAAAAUGAUGAUGAACUUCCUAAAAUUAUGAUAUAUGAAGAAGAUAUGGAACUGGUAUUGCCAUCUGGUAAAAGACUUGGUCAUCGACUUUUACGUAGAUAUUAUAGACAAAACUUGCGCCCUAUUGAGGAACGAGAUUCGAUUAUAAAUCGGUUUAUUACAGAAUACGGCGAUAAUUCUAAGUAUAGACAAUCUGGAGGAAUAUUAAUCACUAAUGAUCAUAUGUAUAAACAUUAUCGACCUCAUUUCAUCGCUUCACGUGAGAAAAGGCACCAACAAAAUUAUGAUACACGUAUUGGUAUUAAAGCCAAUAAAUUACAACGUCACUUUAGAGCACAAAUCAUGUAACGAUUACAAAAAAAGUUUCGAUGUAAUUUAUUAAGGGAAUUAAUAUCAUAAUUAAUUAAUAUAAAGUAUUUUGUAUAAAAGAUAAUGUUCCAUAUACAUAAUAACGAAUUCUGUAAACAAUCCUGUAAUCCAAAUUUAAUUUUCUAGAUUAAAUAUUUUCUAGAUUAAAGCAGGAAUAAAUAAUUAAUCUUUUUUGCAUAGUAAUCCACGUAAAUAUGUUGAACUAAGCUUGAGAUUUUUUAGAUCAUCUUUAGAAAGAGAUGGAUUU